UGCCCGGCUCAGUGCUCCUGCUCCGGCAGCACCGUGGACUGUCACGGGCUGGCGCUGCGCGGCGUCCCCAGGAACGUCCCUCGCAACACCGAGCGGCUGGAUCUUAAUGGGAAUAAUAUCACAAGGAUCACCAAGACUGACUUUGCUGGCCUCAGGCACCUCCGAGUUCUUCAGCUCAUGGAAAACAAGAUUAGUACCAUUGAGAGAGGAGCGUUCCAGGAUUUGAAAGAACUGGAGAGACUGCGCCUAAACAGAAAUAAUCUUCAGCUGCUUUCUGAAUUGUUGUUUCUUGGGACUCCAAAGCUCUACAGGCUAGACCUCAGUGAAAACCAGAUUCAUGCCAUUCCAAGGAAGGCUUUCCGGGGGGCUGUAGACAUUAAAAACCUGCAACUGGAUUACAAUCAGAUCAGCUGUAUUGAAGAUGGGGCAUUUAGGGCUCUCCGCGAUCUGGAAGUACUCACUCUCAACAAUAACAACAUCACACGACUCUCAGUGGCAAGUUUCAACCAUAUGCCCAAACUCAGAACCUUCCGACUUCAUUCCAACAACCUCUACUGUGAUUGCCAUCUGGCUUGGCUAUCUGAUUGGCUGCGACAGCGACCGCGGGUUGGCCUCUACACUCAAUGCAUGGGCCCAUCACACUUAAGGGGUCACAAUGUGGCAGAAGUUCAAAAACGAGAAUUCAUCUGCAGUGGUCAUCAAUCUUUUAUGGCUCCCUCCUGCAGUGUCUUGCACUGCCCUGCUGCUUGUACCUGUAGUAAUAACAUUGUUGACUGCCGUGGAAAAGGCUUGACUGAGAUCCCAACCAAUCUACCAGAAACCAUAACGGAAAUACGGUUGGAGCAAAAUUCAAUCAAGGUCAUCCCCCCUGGAGCUUUCUCACCAUAUAAAAAGCUGAGAAGAAUUGAUCUGAGUAAUAAUCAGAUCUCGGAGGCCGCACCAGAUGCCUUCCAGGGCCUGCGUUCCCUCAAUUCACUCGUUCUGUAUGGAAACAAAAUCACAGAACUUCCCAAAGGUCUGUUUGAAGGACUCUUCUCCCUGCAGUUGUUAUUGCUAAAUGCUAACAAGAUAAACUGCCUGCGAGUUGAUGCUUUUCAAGACCUACACAACUUGAACCUCCUGUCUUUGUACGAUAACAAGCUGCAGACCAUUGCAAAGGGCACUUUUUCCCCACUCCGAGCAAUUCAAACCCUGCAUUUGGCUCAGAACCCAUUUAUUUGUGACUGCCAUCUGAAGUGGCUGGCGGAUUAUCUCCAUGCAAACCCUAUUGAAACCAGCGGUGCCCGCUGCACCAGCCCCCGCCGUCUGGCAAACAAAAGGAUUGGCCAGAUCAAAAGCAAGAAAUUUCGCUGUUCAGGCUCAGAAGACUACAGAUCCAAGCUUAGUGGAGAUUGUUUUGCAGACCUGGCUUGCCCUGAGAAAUGCCGCUGUGAAGGGACAACUGUUGACUGCUCCAAUCAGAAGUUUAGCAAAAUACCUGAUCACAUUCCACAGUAUACAGCAGAACUGCGACUCAACAAUAAUGAAUUCACAGUGUUGGAGGCUACGGGGACCUUUAAGAAACUUCCUCAGCUGCGUAAAAUAAAUCUGAGCAAUAACAAAAUCACGGAUAUUGAAGAAGGAGCAUUUGAAGGCGCUUCUGGUGUAAACGAACUAUUGCUUACCAGCAACCGUUUGGAAAACGUUCGUCACAAAAUGUUCAAAGGACUAGAAAGUCUGAAAACAUUGAUGCUCAGGAGCAAUCGCAUUAGCUGUGUGAGCAACGAUAGUUUCACUGGGCUGAGUUCUGUCCGGCUGCUGUCUUUAUAUGACAACCAAAUCACGACCAUUGCACCGGGCGCCUUUGAUACCCUCCAUUCCCUCUCCACACUAAACCUCUUAGCCAAUCCUUUCAACUGCAACUGCCACUUAGCGUGGCUUGGAGAGUGGUUACGGAAGAAGCGCAUUGUAACAGGGAACCCUCGCUGUCAGAAACCUUACUUCCUAAAAGAAAUCCCAAUACAGGAUGUUGCCAUUCAAGAUUUCACUUGCGACGAUGGAAAUGACGACAACAGUUGCUCUCCACUUUCUCGCUGUCCUAUAGAAUGUACUUGCCUAGAUACUGUAGUUCGUUGCAGCAACAAAGGUCUGAAGACUUUGCCCAAGGGCAUCCCAAAAGAUGUUACAGAGCUAUAUUUGGAUGGAAACCAGUUUACCCUUGUCCCCAAAGAACUUUCAAACUACAAGCACUUAACUCUUAUAGAUUUAAGCAAUAACCGAAUCAGCACUCUCUCUAACCAGAGCUUCAGCAACAUGACUCAGCUCCUUACCCUAAUUCUCAGUUACAAUCGUCUCAGAUGUAUUCCAGCCCGAACAUUUGAUGGCUUGAAAUCACUUAGACUGCUGUCUUUGCAUGGCAAUGAUAUUUCCAUUGUACCUGAAGGGGCUUUUAAUGAUCUUUCAGCCUUAUCCCAUCUUGCCAUUGGAGCAAAUCCACUUCACUGUGACUGCAACAUGCAAUGGUUGUCUGAUUGGGUAAAGUCGGAGUACAAAGAACCAGGCAUAGCCCGGUGUGCUGGUCCUGGGGAAAUGGCCGACAAACUGCUUCUCACCACUCCAUCCAAAAAAUUCACUUGUCAAGGUCUGGUGGAUGUCAACAUCCUUGCCAAAUGUAGUCCCUGCUUAUCAAAUCCAUGCAAAAAUGAGGGGACGUGUAAUAAUGACCCUGUGGAUUUCUACAGAUGCACCUGCCCUUAUGGUUUCAAGGGCCAGGACUGCGAUGUUCCGAUUCAUGCCUGCAUAAGCAAUCCUUGUAAACAUGGGGGAACUUGUCACUUAAAAGAAGGUGAAAAAGAUGGAUUUGGGUGUGCCUGCGCUGACGGAUUUGAAGGGGAACGCUGCGAAGUGAAUAUCGAUGACUGCGAAGACAAUGAUUGCGAAAACAACUCUACCUGCGUAGAUGGAAUUAACAACUACACUUGCCUUUGUCCUCCUGAAUACACAGGUGAACUCUGUGAAGAGAAGCUAGAUUUCUGUGCCCAAGACCUGAACCCAUGUCAGCAUGACUCCAAGUGCAUCCUGACGCCCCAAGGGUACAAAUGUGAUUGCACACCUGGCUACGUAGGAGAACACUGUGAUAUUGACUAUGAUGACUGCCAAGACAAUAAGUGUAAAAAUGGAGCACAUUGUACUGAUGCAGUGAAUGGUUACACAUGCAUAUGCCCUGAAGGGUAUAGUGGUCUUUUCUGUGAGUUCUCGCCGCCGAUGGUCUUGCCUCGCACCAGUCCGUGUGAUAAUUACGAGUGUCAAAAUGGAGCUCAGUGCAUCACCAGAACCAAUGAGCCUGUCUGCCAGUGCUUGACAGGUUACCAGGGCGAUAAAUGUGAAAAGCUGGUCAGCAUAAACUUUGUGAACAAAGAAUCCUACUUGCAGAUUCCUUCGGCCAAGAUUCGUCCUCAGACCAAUAUCACUCUCCAGAUUGCCACCAAUGAGGACAGUGGGAUCCUACUGUAUAAAGGUGAUCGAGAUCAUAUAGCUGUGGAAUUGUAUCGUGGACGAGUGAGGGUCAGCUAUGAUACAGGAUCAUAUCCAGCAUCUGCCAUUUAUAGUGUUGAGACUAUCAAUGAUGGUAACUUCCACAUAGUUGAGUUGCUGGCCAUGGAACAGAUUCUGUCUUUGUCCAUUGAUGGAGGAAGUCCCAAAGUCAUCACCAACUUGUCUAAACAAUCCACUUUAAAUUUCAACUCACCGCUGUAUGUAGGAGGGAUGCCAAUGAAGAACAACGUUGCUGCUUUGCAUCAGGCUCCAGGUCAAAAUGGCACCAGCUUUCAUGGCUGCAUCCGUAAUCUGUAUAUCAAUAGCGAACUGCAAGACUUUAGGAAUGUUCCACUGCAGGUUGGAAUUCUCCCAGGCUGUGAGCCCUGCCAUAAGAAAGUGUGUGUCCAUGGAACCUGCCGCGUGACAAGCCAGUCAGGUUUUACGUGUGAGUGUGAUGGAGGAUGGACUGGCCAACGUUGUGAUCAGCAAGCCAAUGAUCCUUGUCUAGGAAAUAAAUGUGUGCAUGGUACCUGCUUGCCAAUCAAUGCAUUUUCAUACAGUUGUAAAUGCCUGCAGGGACAUGGGGGAGUCCUCUGUGAUGAAGAUGAAGAAUUGUUUAACCCCUGCCAGUCCAUCCGAUGUAAACAUGGUAAAUGCAGGCUAUCAGGCCUUGGGAAACCGUAUUGCGAAUGCAGCAGCGGAUACACUGGGGACAACUGUGAUAAAGAAAUCUCUUGUCGAGGGGAACGAAUCAGAGAUUACUUCCAAAAGCAGCAAGGUUAUGCCGCGUGCCAGACGACCAAGAAGGUAUCGAGACUAGAGUGCGGAGGAGGGUGUUCAAGUGGGCAGUGCUGCGGGCAGCUGAGGAGCAAGAGGAGGAAAUACUCUUUUGAAUGCACUGACGGGUCCUCAUUUGUGGACGAGGUUGAGAAAGUGGUGAAGUGUGGCUGUACAAAAUGCCCCUCCUAAGCAGCUCCUAUUUUGACCUACGUCUAUUUUUUUUUAAAUUGUAUACUUAUUGACUGUGUCGGACUAAUUAAUGCUUCAUAGUGGAAAUAUUUGAAAUAUAUUGUAAAAUACAGAACAGACUUAUUUUUAUUACGAGAAUAAAGACUUCAUUUUCUUCUUCACUUGCAAAAAAAAAAAACAAUCAAGUGCUUGAACUGUGAGACUUCUUGACCAAGAGGAGACUGAAGGAAAAAAAUAAAGACUUAGUAACAUUUCAACAGCGAUUGAAACCUUAACUGCUUUUAACACCAGUCCUUCUUUAUAACAUACUGAAGAUAAACAGGCACCUUCCGAGUGACUUUCAACUCUACCGUCUUACUGAUGAAAAAACAAACAAAAUACGAGGCUUCUUUUUUUACUUUCUUAACAGUCGUUUUUUUAAAAUAUUUUUUGACAAGACCAUAUCAUACUUUUCUGUGAGGUGGGAGGAAGACCGGCAGGUGAAAAGAAUCCAUUUGUGCAAGUUUAACAAUUAUACGUAAUGUGUUUCUUAUGACAUUCAAUAAGCAAGUUGUGAGGGAGGGGGGAAAUAGGGGAAAUCUCACCUCCUGGACAGAAGAGGAUGCCCACGGUCCUGAAAUCUCAUGAUGUACGCUUUUAUGUGGGCACGCUAGCAAAAGAAGAAAUCAAGUGUUUAUCCGCCCUUUUCCAGUAUUAACUUUUUUGUAAUAUAAAUGUUAAGGGUAAAAAAUAGAUUAUUGUUGAGAAAAUUAGGUAUAAUAUGGAGUUUUUGUUUCUGAGUUUCGAACAGCUCUAUACAGUAUUCAGUUUAUUGAGAAAUAUUUAUUGUAUCAAAGUACAUUGUACUUAACAUUUUAGGCCACCCCCUUUACUGUUUUUUCAAUGCUUUAAUAUAUAUUAAUUUAUAUUUGUCUUGAUAUUUUUGUAUUUCCUGUUGUUGUUGUUGUUGUUUUUAAAAAGACAUAAAACCAGGAUAUUUGCAAUAGGACUAACAUAGUGUGCUCUCUUGGGGUAAAAUAGAUUUGGUCUGGGUGCGUUCUUUUCUCCUAGCAACCUAUCAUAUGGUGUCACUGACAGAACUGGAAACAAUUAUCAGUUGUAGUUUUCAUUAUAGCAAAGAAUCAGGGUACCUCCCAAGGCCUUGUAAUGUUUAUGAAAAGAAAAAAAAUGUUUUACCGUAGAUGGAAAGUGUAUAGAAUUGAACAUUUCCCUAAAGAUACAUUACUUAUACAGCAAAUGAAUUGGUGUGUAGAAAAUGACUCUAGAAAGUAGAUCUUUACAAACUAAUAUUUUCUUAAAAUUCCUUACCUUUAAAAUUAAAAAGAGAGAGGCUGUAUUACCAAGAACUGUGAUUUGCCCCCCCCCAAUAUUAAAACUACUUUAUUGCCCUAAUGUUUCCCUUUGUUAACAUGUUGCUGCUAAAUCACAAUAUAAAAUUGGUAAUAAUUCUUCACAGUGGGUUGUGUUCUUCUUUCAGUAAAUCUUGGGGUACCCUGUGAAAAGGGUAUUUUUUUCAAUUUUUAAAAAAGAAAAGUUAGAUGUACAUGUGUAAUACCGUGUGGCUUUGUCUGAUUUGGACUUAUAUCAGUAUCGUUACUGAUGUUUGUAAAUUAAACAGAUAUUUACUUUG